GUAUACAAUUUAAUAUAUUUGUUUCUUCAUAUACGCUAUAGAAAGAUCCAGAACGUCAGUCCUCCUAAAACGCUCACAGAACCUCCUAGAACCCAUCACACACUUCCAGUCUCUCACACCCAUCUCUCUCUAUAUAAACACACACAACAAAUCCCCCUUAACAUACAUAAUCAAACACAAACACAAUCUCUCAUUCUCUCUAGUUCUCUAAAAUCUCUCUUUGAAAACUCUCUUAGAAUAACGUGAUGGCCGACGUCGAGACAUUCGCAUUCCAGGCCGAGAUAAACCAGCUCUUGAGCCUCAUAAUCAACACUUUCUACAGCAACAAGGAGAUUUUCUUACGUGAACUCAUCAGCAAUUCGUCUGAUGCGUUGGAUAAGAUCCGCUUCGAAGCUCUCACUGAUAAGUCCAAGCUCGAUGCGCAGCCCGAGCUUUUCAUUCGGAUCGUGCCUGAUAAGGUUAAUAGGACGCUGUCGAUCAUUGAUAGCGGCGUUGGAAUGACGAAAGCAGAUUUGGUGAACAAUUUGGGAACGAUUGCAAGGUCAGGAACGAAAGAAUUCAUGGAGGCUUUGCAGGCAGGUGCGGAUGUGAGUAUGAUUGGUCAGUUUGGUGUGGGAUUUUACUCUGCUUAUCUUGUUGCGGAGAAAGUGAUUGUGACUACUAAGCACAAUGAUGAUGAGCAAUAUGUUUGGGAGUCGCAAGCUGGUGGUUCGUUUACGGUAACAAGGGAUGUGGAUGGAGAACAGCUUGGUAGGGGUACUAAGAUCACCCUCUUCCUUAAGGAAGACCAGUUGGAGUAUCUAGAGGAGAGACGGAUCAAGGACCUCAUCAAGAAACACUCGGAGUUUAUUAGCUACCCAAUUUAUCUCUGGGUGGAGAAGACAAUUGAGAAAGAGAUCAGCGAUGAUGAAGAUGAAGACAAGAAGGAGAAGGAAGGCGAUGUGGAAGAAAUUGAUGAGGAAAAAGAGAAAGAAAAGAGUGAGCCUAAAAAGAAGAAAAUUAAGGAGGUCACUCAUGAGUGGGACUUGACUAACAAGCAGAAGCCUAUCUGGUUGCGCAAGCCUGAGGAGAUUACUAAGGAUGAAUAUGCUGCUUUCUACAAAAGUUUGACAAAUGAUUGGGAGGAACAUCUUGCUGUGAAGCACUUCUCUGUUGAGGGGCAGCUUGAGUUCAAGGCCGUUCUGUUUGUGCCCAAGAGGGCUCCGUUUGAUCUGUUUGAUACGCGCAAGAAAAUGAACAACAUCAAGCUUUAUGUUCGCAGGGUUUUUAUCAUGGACAAUUGUGAGGAGUUGAUUCCUGAGUACCUGGGUUUUGUCAAGGGUGUUGUUGACUCUGAUGAUUUGCCUCUCAAUAUCUCUCGUGAAAUGUUACAGCAGAACAAAAUACUUAAAGUUAUCAGAAAGAAUCUUGUGAAGAAGUGCAUUGAACUGUUCAAUGAGAUAGCUGAAAACAAGGAUGACUAUGCCAAGUUCUAUGAAGCUUUUUCAAAGAACUUGAAGUUGGGAGUCCACGAGGACAGUCAGAACCGUGCAAAGUUGGCAGACUUGCUAAGGUACCAUUCGACCAAGAGCGGUGAGGAGCUGACUAGUCUGAAGGAUUAUGUUACAAGGAUGAAGGAAGGUCAGAAGGAUAUAUUCUACAUAACAGGGGAGAGCAAAAAGGCAGUUGAGAAUUCUCCAUUCCUGGAGAGGCUGAAGAAGAGGGGCUAUGAGGUUCUCUUCAUGGUGGAUGCAAUUGAUGAGUAUGCUGUUGGACAACUUAAGGAGUAUGACGGCAAGAAGCUGGUUUCUGCGACAAAGGAGGGCUUGAAACUUGAUGAUGAGACUGAAGAAGAGAAGCAGAAAAAGGAAGAGAAGAAGAAGUCCUUUGAAAAUCUGUGCAAGGUGAUGAAGGAAAUCCUUGGCGACAAAGUAGAAAAGGUGGUUGUUUCAGACAGAAUUGUGGACUCCCCUUGCUGUUUGGUGACUGGAGAGUAUGGAUGGACUGCCAACAUGGAAAGGAUCAUGAAGGCUCAAGCUCUCAGGGAUAGCAGCAUGGGUUCUUACAUGUCUAGCAAGAAGACAAUGGAGAUCAACCCUGACAAUGGAAUCAUGGAGGAGCUGAGGAAGAGGGCCGAGGCUGAUAAGAAUGACAAAUCAGUGAAGGAUCUGGUGAUGCUGCUCUUUGAGACUGCUUUGUUAACUUCUGGAUUCAGUCUUGAUGAUCCCAAUGUCUUUGCUGCAAGAAUCCACAGAAUGCUGAAACUUGGGCUGAGCAUCGAGGAGGACGAGGAAGCUGGAGAGGAUGUGGAUAUGCCUGCACUGGAGGAAGUUGAAACCGAGGAGAGCAAGAUGGAGGAGGUGGACUGAGGAUCUUGGUUUUAUCAUAUGGUUUAUGAGUACUUAGUUAUAAUUAAGGAGUUUUUAAACUGUUUCCUGUUUGCUGUUGAAAACUUUGUUAGAGUUAUAAGAUGCAUGGUCUGUGACUAUUUAAUUCCUGUGCAUGUUAAGACUUGAGGGUUUACUCUAUGAAUGGUUUUCCAGAA